UACAAACAUGAAUUCAAAGUUGAUCAAAGGGGACAUAAAAGACGGUGGCGGUGUGGCGCAUUGAUCUUCUCUUCUCCCUUGACUGCCCCAAAGGCACAAAUUUGGCCAUGAAUUCGACACCAGCGAACCUGGAAUCAUCACUUUCAGUUCCCAGUGUUCAAGAGUUAGCAUUCCAACGGCCAGAGAAAGUGCCAGCAAGGUACAUAAGAGAUCAAGACGGUGAUGGCAUCAUUGCCACCUACCCUUCUCAUCCAUCUCUUCGUGUGCCCUUCAUAGACAUGGCCAAGUUGGUCAACGCUGACACACAGCAAAAAGAAGAGCUUCGUAAGCUUCAUCUUGCUUGCAAAGACUGGGGUGUCUUUCAGCUGGUAAAUCAUGGACUUUCAAAUUCAUCCCUUAAGAAUAUGGGGAAUCAAGUUAAAAGAUUUUUUGAACUUCCUUUACAAGAGAAGAAGAGAUGGGCACAGAGACUAGGAACUCUUGAAGGCUAUGGCCAAGCAUUUGUGACCUCCGAGGACCAAAAGCUGGAUUGGAAUGACAUGAUCUUCCUGAAAUGCCUCCCAAUUCAGAACCGAAAAUUGGAUUUGUGGCCACAAAACCCUCCAGAGUUUAGGGAAACAUUAGAGAGAUAUUCUGAAGAAAUAAGGGAAGUGACAAUGUCAGUUGUGAAGUUCAUUACUAUGUCUUUGGGGAUUCAGGAUAAAGAGAUAUCGGAAAGUUUCAGAGAAGGACUGUAUGAUAUAAGGAUGAAUUGCUACCCACCCUGUCCAGAGCCUGAAAGAGUUCUUGGAAUUGCGCCCCAUGCUGACAAUUCUGGGAUCACUCUUCUGCUUGACUGUGCUGAUUUUCCAGGGUUGCAGUUCCUCAAAGAUAAAAAAUGGGUCAAUGUUGAACCUAUAGAAGGGGCAAUUGUUGUAAACAUUGGCCAAAUUAUUGAGGUGAUGAGCAAUGGGAUAUACAAAGCGCCAGAGCAUAGAGCUGUAGUAAAUAAGUUAAAGGAGAGGUUUUCAAUAGUGACAUUCUGCUAUCCAAACCCUCAUAUGGACAUUGGACCUGCUGACAAGCUUACAGGUGAAGGAAAAGUAGCUGUAUUCAAGAAAUUGACACAUGCAGAGUAUUUCAGGAAGUUUUUCAACAGAGACCUUGAUGAAUCGUUUAUUGAUAGUCUGAGAGUAUGAUCAAUGAUGUGUUUUGUGCAUCAUUUUCAAUGUACCAUUCCUAUAUCAUUUCCUUUUUGUAUAACAUAAUUGCGGCACUGAUAGGACGGGCCCAAAGAUUAUAUAGGAUGGACUUAGAUAUUUAUAAAUUAUAGUUUUUAUUUAUGUUAAAAUAAGAUGAUGUUGAUACUUGGAUAAUUAUUAUCCAUUGAUUAACAUUCCUUACAUUAUAUAAGUGUAUUCAUCUUUACUUAUUAUCAUCAAUGAAGAUAUCUGAGUUAUUUUAUCUUC